ACAAAUUUUGCAAUGCAAUAAUGCAGAUUCCACUAUGUUGCAAUAUUUGCGACAAUGCCCAGAGCUAUAUUCACCUUGCUUCUGGAUGGGCGCUUUUGCAUUGAUGCAACUGGUAUUCAUCAUAAGUAUAUCCAGUCAAUUCCUGUUCAAUAAAAAAAGAUGGUGCAUACAGAGAUUGAAGAGUGCAGCUCCUGAAAGAAAUGAGCAUUCAUAUCAGGACCAAAAGAAUACAGUCAUAAAGCUGGGUGUAUCAUAUCAAGCAUGCAAAUUAUGCUGCCUGCUUAUGUUAGCAGUUCAUAUUCUGCGUGUAUUCUUAUUCCAGUUCAAUGGAAGACUAUGUAAUUGCGUGUAUCCAUCUUGUGUGCUAAGUGAAGGCUUUCAGGUUCUAUCCUGCAUGAUAUUGUCGAUAGCAGUAUUCAGUUUUCAGGAAACAAAAUGUACAAAACUACCAUUGAUAAUUCGAUCAUGGUGGAUAUUUUACUUUCUACAAUCAAUUACCAUGGUGGUAUUGGAUCUCAGGUCAAUUUUAUCAGAUCAUGAACACAUAGGAUAUGAAGAAUGGACCAAUCUAUUCAAUCUUGGUGUUUGCGCUUGUCUGUUUGCAGCAUCAGCCAGAGGAACAACAGGGAUCAGGAUCACCUUCAUAGAUAGCAGCAGCAUAACAGAGCCACUUCUGAAUUCAUCUAUAGGACAGCAAACAGAAGCUGAAAGACCGUGUCCGUAUGGAAGGGCAGGUAUUGUACAACUUAUCACAUUCACCUGGAUGAAUCCUAUCAUUGCUACUGGAUACAGGAAACCUCUAGAUAAGAAUGAUGUGCCAGAUCUUGAUGGGAAAGAUUCUGCCGAGUUCCUCUCUGAUUCAUUUAAAAAGAUCAUAGAUGAUGUUGAACACAGGCAUGGUUUAAGUACUUCAUCAAUCUAUACAGCAAUGUUCCUAUUUGUUAGACGGAAAGCAAUGAUCAAUGCAGGGCUUGCUGUGUUAAGUGCCAGUGCAUCCUAUGUUGGACCGUCACUGAUUAACGACUUGAAGUUCCUUGCAGGAGACAGGCAAUAUGGAGUAUGGACACAAAAGAGGUUACCUUCUAGCUUUAGCUCUUCUAAGUGCUAAAGUUGUGGAAACAAUAGCACAGAGUCAGUGGUGGUUUGGAGCUCAACAGCUCGGGAUGCGGCUUCGAGCUGC